AUGGUAUUAAUAGCUUCCGGUUAUGAUGAUGGAACUAUUGCUGAAGUUAUUGCAUUUUGUAUGUGUGAUGAAGAUUUGUUGUUUGGAGGAAAGUUAGUUUAUGGUGAUGAAGAUUAUGAGGAAGGUUGCAGUUUAGAGGGAAUAUUGAGCAAGGGUUUGAUGGAUUUUGCUGCAGAAGAUGGUUUUUCGCAGGUUUUGGUAUUUCACACUGAUGAUUUGCUAGAGUUAAAUGGAGGUGGAUUUUGGGGGGGAAAGUUGAUGAGGUUUUGGAGUGGAGUGGAUAGGUUUUUUGGCAUGUCUCUACAGGCUAGUAGCAGUUGGUUUUGGGACAGCAUAGGAGAUUGUCUUUGCAGGGACUGUUUUGGUCUAUUUUGGAGCAUGAAACAAGAUGUAAAGAGACAAGGCAGUAGGUUAUAUUGGACUGUUAUGAAAGGUUUUAUAGGUUGGUACAACAACUAG